AUGGUGGUGACCAAGAUGGGCGCGCUGUUCACGCACUGGGAGAACUACCGCACGGAGGAGCAGUACGAGAAGGCGCUGAUCCGUAAGCUCUUCUUGCUCGACUUCCUCAACUACUACACGUGGUUCUUCUCGCUGGCGUUCAUCUUCGUGAUCCCUGGACUCGGCAACACGUUGACGAACACGUUCAAUCACAUGUUCUUCGGCGAUGCGAUCAACUGCUGCUUUGGUCCAUACGUUAAUGAAGACGGCUCGUGUUCGGUGUGUCCUGUGGGCGACAAGGACGCCACUUGCGUCGAGUGCGUUGGGUUCUUCACUUUUGAUCGCCGGCACGUGGAUCUGAGUGCGAUGUUUGUCACCCCCAUCGUGAUCACCCAGUCGUUGAACAUCUUGCUGAGGCUGGUGGCUCCCAUGCUAGUGCGUAAGCGUCGGGAGAAGGCCCAGGCGCGUGCUGACGCGCGAGCUCAGAAGCGCGUUCGUGAGGCAGGCUCGAUGAAGAUCCUGGGCUCGCUGGACUAUGAAGACCACAAGGAGUCGCAGUUCGGCAACAAGUCGAGCUCGCGGUACCUCGAGUAUACUCCGAGUGAGAUCGAAGUGCUGAACAAGAAGGCGCGCGAGAUCCUGUUUGACAGCGAGCAGGACACGUACGACCCGUACGACGAUUUCCACGUGCUGACGGUGCAGUUCGGCUUCACGGUCAUGUUCUCCAUGCUGUGGCCGCUCAUGCCCUUCGCGUGCUUCCUGAUCAACAGCGUCAAGGGCCGCACGGACGGCUAUCGGCUGUGCAAGACGCUGAAGCGGCCGAUCCCGCGGCGCGCUAAUGGUAUUGGAGCUUGGAAGGGGAUCCUCACCACUUACGCCUACAUCGCUGUGAUCGUCAACGUGCUGUUGAUCUGCAUCUCGACUGGGGUGCUGGAGUUCUUCGACGAGACCUGCGUGAGGGACAUUGAACACCAACUGGAGAAGCAAGGGAAGACGCUGGACGAUUUCAUCUUCGGGCCGAACUUUGGGUGUCUGCACAUUGCGUGGCGUCUGCUCUUUAUCCUGCUGCUGGAGCACUUUUUCGUUGCGAUUGCCUAUGUGGGGAUGCAGCGCGUUCCUGGCGUGCCGAGCUGGGUCAAGACCGUUAUGAGCGCGAGGGAGAAUAAAUUCAAGGAGCUGCUUAGGAAGCACGAGCUGGUGCUGUUUCCCCCGAACGCUGGAGGUGGCAGCAAAGUCACUGGGUCGGAGGCCGGGAGUGACCAAAGCACGCUGUCGUCCGAGUCGUUCCGUAUCGACAUGAAGCGGCUCGUUGGCUUUGGGGGCAACACCACGAGCAUGUCGAGUCGCAGCACCCGCGCGUCUUCUCAGCCGCCAGCCCCAGCGUCAACAACAGCAGUGCCGCCUCGCUCCAUCUUGAUCGACCCGAUGACGCCGCUCUCUCGAGCUCCAAGCGACUUGGAGUUCCCCACCAGCACGGGCGUUCGCACCAAAGCUCGAGAGAAGCUGGCGAGGCAGUGGUCGGACGGCUCCGACCAUUAA